UUCAAUAGAUUUCAUCAGCUGAAAAAUUGGUGUAGAAUUCUUGUUUUCAUGUAAUAAAUGAAAAUGGAGAGACUUGAAUGAUGUGAAACAAACUUUUUAGUUGGCCAACUACACCCCUGAAAGUAAACAAAAACUACUCCUACUCUUGUAAUUAAACCCUAUCUUCUGCGACAGGCUAUUCAUUCUGAAUAAUUAGAGAUCGAAGAAGUUUAGCUCAAUUAAUGCUUAUCUGUGCCAGUACAAAUCAACAGCCGUGGAAUUCACCGCUAUCAACUCUGAUUCUUGUCCGAAAAUGCAAAACUGCAAGCGACAUAAAUCAAGUCCAUGCAAGGAUGAUAACAACUGGGUUUAUCAAAAACACUUCUUUAACUACUAAAAUCAUACUGUCUCUCUCUUCCUCACCAAACGUGGCACUUCACGAAUUUGCUCGCUAUAUUUUCUUUACACGUCAUGCUUAUAUUAUCGGUGCACGAGAAAAAGAGGACCCUUUUCUCUGGAAUGCUGUAAUCAAGACUCACUCUCAUGGAAAUGACCCAAAACAAGCGUUAAUAAUUUUCUCUCUGAUGCUUCAGAAUGGGGUUUUUGUGGACAAGUUUUCGGUUUCUUUGGUCUUGAAAGCAUGUUCUCGACUGGGGUUGGUUAAGGAAGGAAUGCAAAUUCAUGGGUUAUUGAGAAAAUUAAAAUUCGGGUCUGAUGUGUUUUUGCAAAAUUGCUUGAUCGGGUUGUAUGUAAAAUGUCGAUGCAUAGAUUACGCACGUCAAGUGUUUGAUAAAAUGCCCAUGAGAGACUCUGUUUCAUAUAAUUCGAUGAUAGCUGGUUAUGUCAAGCAUGGUAACAUUGACCUGGCACGUCAAUUGUAUGAUGUUAUGCCGAUUAAUUGGAGAAAUUUAGUUUCUUGGAAUUCUUUAUUAAGUGGGUAUAUGCGGUCAGACAAUGGAUUCGAGCUUGCUUGGAAUUUGUUUGAGAAAAUGCCUGAGAGAGAUCUGAUUUCGUGGAACUCAAUGAUUGAUGGGUGUGCGAAACGUGGGAGGAUGGAAGAUGCUCAGGCUUUGUUUGAUACGAUGCCGGAAAGGACUAUAAUUAGCUGGGCUAACAUGGUUGAUGGGUAUGCUAAAUUAGGCUAUGUUGAUAUUGCUAGGAAAUUUUUUGAUAACAUGCCAGAUAGAGAUGUUGUUGCUUGUAAUGCCAUGAUGAGUGGUUACGUACAAAAUGGCUACUGCAUGGAAGCUUUAGGUAUCUUUCAUGAUAUGCAAAGAGAGAGUAAUCUGUGUCCUGACAAUGCCACGUUGUUGAUUGUUCUUUCUGCAAUUGCUCAGUUAGGGCAUAUUGAAAAAGGGGUUGAAAUACAUUGCUAUAUACAGGAAAAUGGGUUUUCCCUGGAGGAGAAACUCGGUGUUGCUUUGAUUGACAUGUAUUCUAAAUGUGGCAGCGCAGAGAAUGCCAUGUUGGUCUUUGAGGGCAUAAAAGGAAAAACUGCUGAUCAUUGGAAUGCCAUGAUAAAUGGAUUGGCCAUUCACGGCAUGGGUGAAUUAGCUUUACAUUUUCUUAUAGAGAUGGAGAGGGUGGGGAGCAAACCAGAUGAUAUAACGUUCAUCGGACUGUUAAACGCUUGUGGCCAUGCUGGCUUGAUGAAGGAAGGUAUGAUAUGUUUUGAGCUUAUGAGAAGAGUUUACAAAGUGGAGCCAAAACUGCAACACUAUGGGUGCAUGGUUGACAUCCUCAGCCGGGCAGGGCAUCUAAAAGAAGCCAGCAAAUUCAUAGAAGAAAUGCCGAUUGAACCAAAUGAUGUGAUUUGGAGGACUUUAGUCAGUGCUUGUAAAACUCAUCAAACCUUCACUGUUGGAGAACCUUUAGCUGAGCAUCUAAUAAGGCUAGAUGCUUCUAAUUCGAGUUCAUAUGUGCUUCUGUCUAAUAUGUAUGCGGGUCUUCAUAUGUGGGAUGAGGCCAGUAGGGUUAGGACAAUGAUGAAAGAAAGAAAUUUGAAGAAAAUUCCUGGUUGCAGUUGGAUUGACCUAGAGGGUAUUACUCAUGAAUUCUCUGUGCAAGACAAGUCCCAUCCUAAAGUAACGGAGAUCUAUUCAUUGCUGGAUAGUGUUCCCACGCCGAAUUCAGAGCUCAGUUACUCUGGAAAUUAUGGCUGAUUCGUUGUAUAUAAGGAGUGAAUAUGUUGUACUAUUUAUCAAUAGUCACUAUGUAAGUCCUUCACGAUAUAGUUGUAGAACUGGAUUAAGUUGAGAAAUUACUAAUUCUGUAUUUACAAGAUUUAAUGGCUCAUAAUUCUGUA